AUGAACCUUAAAUUAGGUUCCGUGGUCCUAAUUCUCCUAAGUGGAACCCUUAAUAGUGAAUCUUACCCCCACUCCUUCCCAAUUGAAGAAACCCCAGUAAAUAUAAUGACUGACGUCAUAAAUGACCUGGGUGUCAAGAUUUUAAGCUGCUAUUCCCCCCACCACCACGGCAACGUCGCAUUUUCCCCUACUGGGCUGGCAUUCGUCCUGGCUGCCCUCUAUGAAGCUUCAGCUGGCGCCACCAGGCGCCAGAUUGCGCAAGUAUUACACCUUCCGCAGGACAAACAGGUCACUAGAAUUGGCCUCAGAGACAUCCAUCGCCGACUUAGGAGUUACUUAAAUGCCAACGCAUUUCUCGGCGGGCUGACGCUGAACCGCGAUGACGUCACUUUGAGACAAGAUUAUGAAGACCUUCUGAGGUUCUAUGGCUUCGAAGUUAACCCCACGCUGCCUAAUUCUACUACUGAAGCUGUAAAUUCAACAGAGGCCGUCAAUUCAACAGUUACGACGACUAGUACGACAUCUAGCCCAGAAAUAGAAGUUUUGGACACUCAAAAUGCUCCAGGAGGUAAUUUGACUGGUUUAGUGGAAAAUGCGACGAUGUUACCGACGGAGCAAACUUCCUUACCGACUUUAGAGGUAAGGAUGGAAGCCGAGGUGACGACUGUGAUGAUGGAAAGUGAGAAUUCAAGUUCGGUGAUGAUGGAACCGACUGUAGCGUCGAUAGAAUCUCAGAAUGAGACAAUGGAAGGGAGGAAACGAAGAGGUGUAGGAGAUAGUGGGGGAUUGGGGGUAGAAGUUACUACUUUAGCGGCAGAUGUAGCGAAAUUGUCAAUAGAAGGAGAUAAAAUGAUGUUAACAACAGCUAAACCUUCUGAGUCACCUAAAUCAUCUUUACCCCCUCUCCAACCAAUAAGACACCGAAGAACAAACUCAGACUACCAAAACUGGCUACCUAUAACUCCCUGGCAGCCAUCUUUGAACCCCGACGGAAUAUCAUUAGAUACUGACACCUCCGCCUUUAGAUCUUCGAAGCUAAACUUCUUUACCGACGGAGUCGAUGAAACUUCAAUAUCAACUAUAAUGUACACAACAGUGCUUCCAUUUUGUUACUUUCCAACCUUAGGAACGGCUGCCGUGGAAUUUCCACUUGAUGACCCGAGGUAUACAGUAGUAAUUCUACUCCCUGAUUCGGAUAUAGAGACUCUGGUUAAGACUCUGAGGACCUCUAGGGUCAAAUUGAGGAAGCUCAGGCAGGCUUUGACGCCAUGUUGGAUCAAGGCCGCCAUUCCGUCGUUUAUGUUGAAGGGAUUUGUUACUUUGACAGGAUGGUUACAGAAAUUGGGCAUUGUUGACGCCUUUGAACCCAGGGCGGCUGAUUUGAGUAUUAUGACUCCGGAUUUGGGAGUUUAUGCCAGGGAUGUUCAUCAGAGUAUUGGGGUUAAUAUUCGGAACUUUGAACCAGAUGGCGCUAAUGAUACUCAGAAAGGAAAUCCUCGGACUGAGCCAAUUCCUUUCAACGCAAAUCGUCCGUUCGUAUUUUUCAUAAUUGACACCGAGACCUCGGUGUCUUUGAUUACCGGGCGCAUCAACGACCCGCUCAACUCGCGGAUUAUAUAA